GCCGGGGCCGGCGAGAUGCGGGCGGGCGCGCGGCGGCGGACGCUGCUGCUGCUGCUGUGGCUGGCGGCCUGGCAGCGGGGAGCGCGGGCCCAGCGCCCGCCCGCAGACGCAGAAAACAGGACAGGUUGCGUCCUUUCUUCUUCAUCGGAGUUUCCUGAAGGAUUUUUUACACCGCAGGAGAGAAAGGAUGGAGGAAUCGUUAUCUAUUUCAUAAUUAUACUUUACAUGUUUUUGGCAGUGUCCAUUGUCUGCGAUGAUUAUUUCCUACCUUCUCUAGAGAUCAUCAGUGAAUGCCUUGGCCUCUCUCAGGAUGUUGCUGGAGCAACUUUUAUGGCUGCUGGAAGUUCUGCUCCAGAGCUUGUCACUGCUUUUCUAGGAGUCUUCGUGACAAAGGGUGAUAUCGGCGUCAGCACCAUCCUUGGAUCAGCGAUCUAUAAUCUUCUUGGUAUUUCUGCAGCUUGUGGGCUGUUUUCCAGCGUGGUUUCGAGGCUAUCCUGUUGGCCGCUGUUUAGAGACUGUCUGGCAUAUACAAUUAGCGUAGCGGCGGUCCUUGCGAUGAUAUCUGACAACAGAAUUUACUGGUAUGAAAGUGCAUCCUUAUUAUUGAUAUACGGGUGUUAUAUUCUGGUACUAUGUUUUGACAUUAAAAUCAACCAAUACCUCAUGAAAAAGUUCAGUCCCUGCUGUACGUGUUUUACAAAAGCUAUGGAAGAGAAUGCUGAGCAGCAGCCACUGGUUGGAUGGAGGGAAGAGAGCAGACCUCUAAUUCGUCAACAGUCAAGAACAGAUAGUGGAAUUUUUCAAGAUGAGCUGGACUACACUCAACUUUCAACAAGCUUGCAUGGGCUUGAUGAGAUCUCUGAAGAUCAUCCAAGUGUCUUCACCAUGCCUGAAGCAGAUAUAAAGAGAAUUUUGUGGGUGUUAUCCCUUCCUAUUAUUACACUACUCUAUUUGACUAUACCGGAUUGCAGAAGACAGUUUUGGAGGAACUGGUUCAUGGUGACGUUUUUAAUUUCAGCAGCAUGGAUUUCGGCAAUAACUUAUGUUCUUGUAUGGAUGAUAACAAUAGCAGGUGAAACACUGGGAAUUCCGGAGUCAGUAAUGGGUCUCACAUUACUAGCAGCAGGAACAAGUGUACCAGAUACAGUUGCAAGUGUGCUGGUGGCUCGAAAAGGAAAUGGAGAUAUGGCUAUGUCUAACAUUGUAGGAUCCAAUGUAUUUGACAUGCUCUGUUUGGGAAUACCCUGGUUUAUAAAAACUGCCUUCAUAAAUACAUCAGGACCCAUAGAAGUGAACAGCAGUGGUUUGACAUACACAGCCAUUUCUCUUAUCUGUUCUGUUGUUUUUAUUUUUCUGGCAGUUCACCUGAAUGGCUGGAAAAUAGAUAAAAAAUUGGGAGCAAUUUGUCUUGUACUGUACUUAGUAUUUACUAUAGUAUCAAUUUUAUAUGAACUUGGCUUCAUAGGGAACAAUCCUACAAGGGUCUGUGGUAACUAGUUUUAAUCAGUGAUUAUACUGAUGAAAAUAAAAGCAGGAGAGAAAGAUCAGUUUCUUCAUUUAGUCAAAAUAAAAAAAAAAAAACUCAAAA